AUGCCAUCUAUUAAAGAUACGAACCAGGAAGUUUUGCCCAGGUUGCCAAUCCCUCCUUUGGAAGAUACGUUAAAGCGGUACUUGGCUAGAUUAGAGCCUUUGCAAGAUUCUAGAAGCUAUGAAAAGACGAAGCGAGCUGUGGCAGAGUCAGAGCAAAGCUUGAGGAUUAUAGAUCAUGAAUUGAGAAAGUAUGACGAACAUCUUGCUCAACGUGAACCUAUGUCUUCGUAUAUCGAACAGUUCUGGUUUGAUUCGUACCUUGAAUACGACGAAUCAGUUGUUUUGAAUUUGAACCCUUAUUUCCAGUUAGCUGAUGAUCCAACCAUGAACAAUGUGCCAAAAGUCAGUUCCAGAUUCUCUCACUUCAACAGGCAAGUCAAGAGAACAUCCAAAUUAGUGGUAUCGAUGUUGAAAUUCGUUAAAGCGAUCAGAACUGGUACCUUGCCUACUGACAACGUAAGGGGCAAAUCAAUGACCAUGGAUCAAUAUGGUAAGUUGUUCGGAAGUUCUAGAUUGCCACCUUCUUUGAACGAUUCUACUUUAUCGUCGUGUCAUUUACAGACUGAUCCCACCUCACACCAUGUUGUCAUCAUGUACAAGUCCCAAUUCUACUGGUUUGACGUCUUGGAUAUCAAUAACGAACCUAUCUUUCAACAACCGGAGGAAUUGGAAUGGAAUUUGUAUUCAAUCAUAAUGGAUUCUGAGCAGAACAGUUUGGAUCAAAAUCUUCAAAAUAGCUGCCCCAUGGGUGUUUUCACAACCGAAAACAGACGUGUGUGGUCAAACGUUAGAGAUUACAUCAGCAAGUCAGAAGAUCAGACUAACUGGCGUAACUUGAAGAUUAUCGAUAGUGCUUUAUUCAUUAUAUGCCUUGAUGAUUCUGAUUUGGAAGGUGAACGUGACUGGAUCAAAUCCAUGAUUUGUGGUACUUCUAAAAUUGAUUUGAAUGAUAAAGAUGAAGAUAAGACGAAACCCUCUCUCGGUUUACAAACAGGGACUUGUACCAACCGCUGGUACGAUAAAUUGCAGUUGAUUGUUGACAGAGGCGGAAGAGCAGGUAUCAACUUCGAACACACUGGUGUUGAUGGUCAUACAGUAUUGCGAAUGACCAUGGACAUCUAUACCGAUUCUAUCGUCAAUUUUGCUCAGGGUAUUACCAGAAACGUUCCAAAAGUUUUCGAAGAUGACGACGACGACCGCAGAGCUAAUAGGUCAACUAAACAAGCUAAUCUAAUCACUAUUCCUAGGAAAUUAGAGUGGUCCGUUGAUUCGUUCAUCCUUUCAUCUAUGCACUUUGCUGAAACUCGUGCCAGUGAUUUGAUAUCUCAGAUUGAGUUCGAAUAUUUGGACUUCAAACAGUUCGGCGCCGCCCAUAUCAAAAACCAGUUCAAAUGCUCACCAGAUGCGUUCUUGCAAAUGUGUUUUCAAACAGCUUACUAUGCUCUAUACGGUAAAUUUGAGACAACGUACGAACCAGCUAUGACCAAGUUCUUCCAAAAUGGACGUACUGAAGCCAUCAGAACCGUUUCUGAUCAAUCAAAAUCGUUUGUCAAAUCAUUCUUCAACACAGCGGUAUCAAAUCCUGACAAGAUAAAGUUACUACAAGAAGCAUGCAAACAGCAUUCAAAUGUGACAAGAGAAUGUUCCAUGGGGCUGGGUCAAGACCGUCAUUUGUAUGCUCUAUACUGCAUUUGGAAAAAAGUAUUUGCAAAAGAUCCUAAGGUCCCAUUACCACAAUUAUUCCAAGACGCUGGCUGGUCCACCUUGAAUACCAACGUGAUUAGUACUUCAAACUGUGGUAACCCUUGUUUGAAAAACUUUGGGUUCGGUCCCGUUUGUAGCAACGGUUUCGGUAUCGGUUACAUUAUUAGAAAUGAUACCCUAUCUGUGGUUGUCUCUUCAAGACACAGGCAAACGGCUCGUUUCGUUGAAUUGAUGCAAAGAUUCUUGCUCGAAAUCAACAGAAUUGUCCGCAACGAAGAACAAUCUUCCAAAACUUCAAUGGGUUCCUUGCAAUCGGAUAACAUGAAAUAUUUAUUAAGUGGAUAUGAUUACUUUGACGUUAGUGUAACUGGAUAG